CCGCAGAUCAUGGCCCCGACGUGCCCGCGCUGCCCGCGACGCUGCCGCCGCCCCGCGCUGCUGCUGCUGCCGCCGCUGCUGCUGCUGCCACUGCCCCUGGCCGUGCCCACCCCGGAGGCCAAAUGUGCGUAUGUCAUCAUGGUCAUGGCUGUGUACUGGUGCACUGAAGUUAUCCCACUGGCUGUUACUUCUCUCAUGCCUGUUGUAUUUUUCCCUCUGCUUGGAGUUCAGGACUCUAAAACAGUGUGCUUGCAGUACCUAAAGGAAACAAACAUGCUUUUCAUAGGGGGACUUAUUGUCGCAAUUGCUGUUGAACAGUGGAAUCUCCACAAAAGGAUUGCCCUGAAGGUCCUGCUGAUUCUUGGGGUGAAACCUGCAUUCCUCAUGUUGGGUUUCAUGGGAGUCACUGCCUUCUUGUCAAUGUGGAUAAGUAACACAGCCACCACUGCUAUGAUGGUUCCCAUUGUGCAGGCAGUCUUGGACCAAAUGGACAACACAGAGCGGGAUCUCAGAAUGACAGAAGAAGCAAGCGGGCAAACUAAUGCAGUGAUUGAGUUGGAGGAAAAGGACAUAUCCAAUCCCACUUCAGUGCAGGUCAUAAGCAAUGGACAAGUCCCUGAUGACCCCACAUCUUCUGAGGAAAUGGAAAUGAAGAAACGUAUAUGCAAGGGAAUGACACUUUGUAUAUGCUAUGCUGCCAGCAUUGGAGGAACUGCAACACUCACUGGAACAGGGCCAAAUCUUGUGUUGAAGGGCCAGAUUAAUCAGUUGUACCCCAACAACAAUGAUGUCGUGAAUUUUGCUUCUUGGUUUGGGUUUGCGUUCCCAAACAUGCUUCUGAUGUUGAUACUAGCUUGGCUUUGGCUACAGUGCUCUUUCAUGGGCCUCAACUUUAAAAAAAGCUGGGGCUGCAGGGCAGAGAAAACUGCUAAAGAAAAAGCUGCGUACAAUGUGCUGAAGGCAGAAAUGAAGAAACUGGGCCCUAUCUCUUAUGCUGAAUUCAAUAUCAUUGUGAUAUUUGUUUUGCUAGUUCUGUUGUGGUUUAGCAGACACCCAGGCUUUAUACCAGGCUGGGCCUCAAUACUCUUCCCAAAAGGAGAAAAGUUUGUCAGUGAUGCCACUGUUGCUGUUUUUAUUGCCCUGCUACUGUUUAUCCUUCCUGCCAGUAAACCGAAAUUCAUGAUAUGGAGUCGAAGCAGUUCUGAUCCUGAGGAGGCUGAAGAAGAUUUGACAAAGCCAUUUUUAUCAGCCCCGCUGCUAGAGUGGAAUGCAGUUCAGAGGAAGAUGCCUUGGAGUAUUGUACUGCUGCUGGGAGGAGGCUUCGCUUUGGCUGAUGCAAGCGCAGACUCUGGGCUCUCGGCUUGGCUGGGUCAGCAGAUGACUACACUAGGAUCUGUCCCACCAUGGGCCAUUGCUGUAAUAAUUUCAUUUGCUAUAGCUGUCUUCACUGAAUGCACCAGUAAUGUUGCCACAGCUACUCUCUUCCUACCUAUUUUUUCAUCCUUGGCCACAUCUAUCAAGAUCAAUCCUUUGUAUGUUAUGCUGCCUGGUACUCUCAGUGCUUCCUUUGCCUUCAUGUUACCUGUUGCAACACCUCCAAAUGCAAUAGUGUUCUCCUAUGGUCACAUCUGUGUUUUGGAUAUGGUUAAAUCUGGAAUAGUUAUGAAUAUCAUUGGAGUCUUCUGUGUCACACUGGCCAUCAACACAUGGGGAAGACCUUUGUUUGACCUGGACACAUUCCCAGCCUGGGCAAACAACACGCUAAGCAGUGAGCAGUGAAGAAUGCACAUAUCAAACAAGGAAAGGACUCUUUAUACUACUCCCUGUUGCCUGAAGACCUAUAGAGUCUUGUCACCACUCCACAUCCAGGGCUAGAUGUCUACUGCUUUCUGAGAGUCACAUGUCAGAUGUGACAUGACCAAAUUCAAACUCACUGAAGUCAAAAGUGAAGUUUAAUUAUAUUACCUAGGGUAUCUGUGUCUGGAUCACAGGUAUGAUCAAGUGAUCCAAGGUACCUCCAAUCAACAUGGAGAUGUAGAAUUUAUCCAGUUCCAAAUAAAGAGAAGGCAGGUUAUUGUAUCAAAUCGUUGAACUAUUGUAUGAGUAAUAUGUACUUUUAAAUCAGUAAAUCAUUAACAGAACACUGCAUAUAUGUAAAAGCUGAUAAUCUUUAAUUCUUACAUCCACAAGCCAGCAGUGGUAUAGAGAAACCUCUGCUGCUACUUUUCUAGUACAAGAAAAUUUCAGUUGUGUUAUAUUUUAGUCUGACCUCUGUCUACGUGGUGGAAUCCUUCCAAGCCACAUUUGCCAUUGGCCUGCUUUUCCUCUCAGCCUUCCUACAUUUAGAUACCCUUGUUGAGGACUGAGGUAACUUAAUUCCUUGCUGGCCAUGAUUCUGAUGCUGUCUUGGGGAAUGAAGAGGUAAGGCUGGCUUUGUUUUUCUUGUACCGUGGGACUGGUAAAGCAAUGAGCCAAUCUGUCUCUUGGACCCAGGUACAUGUGCUUUCACAUGCUGAUCUGUGCUUUGUUAGUGCCAGCCUGGAAGUGACAGGUGACCCACAGGAUUUUGCAUCUCUCAUUUAAGUUCCUGAAUUAGACCAUAAAGUGCCUUAUCAAGUAACUUUAGGAUUCUGGAAAGAAGACAGGGCCUGGAAAAGGGCUCUAAUUAAAGUGGAAAUAGCCUUGUAAAUAUUUAAGGACCCAGAUUUUAGACCUUGGACUAGCUGAAAGCAGUGGGAGUUGUCUUAUGUACCUCAGAAACCAAGUCCUAUGAGGGAAGUGUUUUGUGGCACCUGUUUACAACUGCUAUCAGUUCUCCAUCACAGCUAUUAUUUCUGAGGCAGCAAAAGUCUGCAGAAAGACUGAAGCUAGACUGGGUGCAUUUUGUCAGUGAUAUCUAUAUCUUUUUGGUUUAACCCUGGAGACAAAGUGAGAGGGAAGUAAGGUUAAUGUGUUAUAGUGGAGAGAAACGGUCAGGUCAAGGCACAACCUGAAUUCUGCUCCCAGACUUACUAUGCACCUUCAGGCAAGACAAUUCACCUCUUUUCAACAAUUUCCCCUUCUGAAAAAUGAGGUAAUGGUACCUACAUACUGCACAAGGUUGUUGUGUGGACGGACACAAGAGGCUAAUUCUGCCUCUUUAAUUAUUCUCUUCUUCAAAAUGAAGGGUGCAAACUCUGGCCUCUAGCAUGGUAAUGUAUCUGGAAUAUUUAAUAGUUUUGUUAUUGAUUUGACUGUUCAUUAUAGAACAUGGAAAAUAAUUCAUAUUUUACCUUUGCAAGUGAGGAA